AUGGGAGCUGGGGAAGCUGUCGCGAUCUGCGACCUAUUUUAUCUCCUUUUUGGAGAGAUUUUAACUUACCGGGACACGCCGAGAGUUCCGCACGCAGCGCUCGCCUCUCCCAGAGGAGCAGUGAACUUCGGCACUGACUUUUCAGAAGUGACCGACCCUGCCAGCAUCAAGGCGGCUGCAGCCAGAGUGGGGGAGAAGCUGGGGGGCUCGGGGCUGAACCUCCUCAUCAACAACGCUGGGAUGGCAAAGCCAAACUCACUUGAUAUGGAGACACAGGAGAGCAUGACUGAGAUUUACACCACCAACACGAUUGGGCCCUUGCUGCUGAGCCAGGCGUUCCUGCCCCUGCUGAAGAAGGCUGCCCAGGGGAGCCCGGGCUCAGCGCUGAGCUGCAGCAAGGCCGCCAUCGUCAACAUCUCCAGCUCAGCAGGGUCCAUCCAGGAACUCUAUAUGUGGGGUCCCACACAUGUUGUCUCGUACCGCUGCAGCAAGGCUGCCCUGAACAUGCUGAGCAGGUGCCAGUCCCUGGGGUACCGGGAGCACGGCAUCCUCUGCGUGGCUCUGCACCCCGGCUGGGUACAGACCGACAUGGGCGGCGCCGGGUCACUGAAGCCCCCCUUGACGGUGGACGAGAGCGUGCGAGGGAUGCUGAAGGUGCUCUCCUCCCUCUCCGAGAAGGACACCGGCACCUUCCUGGACUGGGAAGGGAAGGUGGUGCCCUGGUGA